AAAGGGAAAAAUGGUGCCGCUUAGAAAAACAAAGCAGGGGUUUAUGUUAUGUGAUGCGGUAAAUCCUAAUCCCAAGUCCACCUAUGCGCCCUCUGCUCCGUCUGGCAUACGUGGCUCGGCGCCACUACAAAGCGGCGCCGCCACCGAGUCCACCCAAGGCCCCAAAGAAGCCGCAGAAGUUCAGUUUCAAUGGCAUAACGUGGGAAGACCCUUACAGCUGGAUGUCUAAGGUGAGCGACAAAGUGGCGAUGCGUCACAUGGACGUGUACAUGGAGCAAGAGGAGAAGUACAGUGAGGCCGUCAUGUCUGACUCAGAGAAACUCCUCAAUAAGCUCCACUUCGAAAUGGCCUCUCGCAUGCCCUUUGACCUCUCCACCCCUCCCCUUCGCUGGGGCCCCUGGCUCUACUACCGCCGCGUCGAAGAGGCCAAACCCUAUCCCAUCCUCUGCCGAAGAUUGGCUAGCUUGAACGAUGAUUUCAUUUCGCAUAAGUAUCCUCCCGCAGGGUUCGAUUUCACUACGGGUAAAGCCAUUGAGCAGAAGCUCGUUGAUUAUAAUCUGGAAGCCGAGAGGUUUGGAGGUUAUGCUUAUGAGGAACUCUCUGAAGUUUCACCUAAUCAUCAGUUUCUUGCAUACACUAUGUAUGAUAAAGAAAACGACUACUUCAAAUUAUCCGUGAGAAAUUUGAAUUCAGGUUCAUUGUGCAGUAAGCCUCAGGCAGAAAGAGUUUCGAACUUGGCGUGGGCUAAAGACGGACAUGCAUUGCUUUAUGUUGUGACAGAUCAGAAAAUGAGGCCUUACCGUAUCUACUACAGUCUGAUUGGAUCCACUGAUGAAGAUAUUUUGCUUUUGGAAGAGUCAGAUGAAAGUGUUCAUAUUAAUAUUAGGCACACAAAAGACUUCCAAUACGUGACUGUGAAUACAUUGUCUCCCACAUCAUCAAAGCUGACCCGUUGUCUGGCCUGAAACUAGUUUGGGAAUGUGAUGCUAUAGCACAUUGCACAAUUGAACAUCACCAAGGUUACCUUUAUUUAUUUACAGAUGCUCCCAAAGGGGGGCAAUCAGUUGAUUAUCAUUAUCUUCUUCGUAGUUUGGUGGAUGAUUCUUCAAGU